AAUUAUAUUUCAAAUUGUUCGCGGGUUUCUUUGUUUCUGAUUUGUCUAGAUAUUCAAUGAAUGAACCGACAAAAAAAAUCAAAUUUGUCCUAAGUAAUAUGGCCUCCUCAUAUAACCAACUCUAUGCGCGUACGUGUCCUAAGUCCAUGUGUCUAAUAUAGACAAAGCAUACAAAAUAAAAGACUACUGGGUUUGCAUCCUUAUUUUUGGUUACGAAGAAUAUACGAACCAAUAAGAGCUGACAUGCGCAGAAUAAACAACGCUCGUCGUUUAAUAAGUAUAAUAUUCCGCGAAAGAAAUAAUAGUUGCCCAAUUGACUUUAGCGGUGCCAGUGUGGCACUAAAAGUUGUUUCGUCGUACGCUCGGAGGUAUUCACGUGUCAAAGCGCACACGUCGAUGCACUCCGUGGGGUGAAGUGAGCUGUCACACCUGUUCAUUACUCCAAAGACUACAUAUUGAAUCGAACGUAUAGUGACUGAAUAGUGUUUCGUUCAUUAUUCCUUUAUUUCAAGUUUUAUUGCGAUACUUUUGAUAAAGGAAAAGCAGCAGAAAUGGCACCAAAACAAAGAAUGCGCAUCGCUAAUGAAAGAGCCACAAAAAACAUUACACUUCGUGGGAAUGUUCCAAAAUCAUCGAAACCACAAGAUGAUGGAUCUCCAAUCGGACCAUGUUUGCUAGCACUUUUCUUGUUUGUCGUAUGUGGAUCUGCCGUAUUUCAAAUAAUUCAGAGUAUUAGAAUGGCAUAAGGAAAUUAUCAAAUGAGAAGUCAAGAAAUGUUGCUGUUACUGUUAAUACAAAAAUAUGUCUAUACUUUAUUGGUAUACAAACGAGAUUAACAGACUGUUUUAUUGCAUAAAAAUAUUGGCGCUGUAAGAUUAUUAAUGCAAAUUUGAAUUCAAAUUUCCACAGAAUAUCUUUUUUUAUUUGCUAUGUUUCAAGAGGAUUAUUUAUAAAAAUUUAGCAUUUAUAAACAUUUCAUUGAAUUGUAGUAUAUAUCGAUGAAAGAAAAUUGCGUUUAAUAUAUUUUAUUUAGAACUUAUAAACAAAUUAUUAGAUAUUUAAUAUGAUUUUUUAAAGAUCUCUAUUGCAUUGCUUCCUGUAACAGUGACUUUUACUCCUGAUUCCAUAAGAUAGGUAAAUUCUUUCAUCGAUAUAUACUUAGUAAAUAAUUGUAUAUAUACAUAAUCAAUUUAUUGUAUCGAUUUAUUAAUCAAAGCAUUCCACUGUAAGCAGUUGGUAGCUUUUGGUUGUCUAUAUAUUUUAGAGGCCUUAAGAAUAUAAGUCAUUAAAUAUGUAAAAAAAUA